AUGCAACCAGAGACGCCCUCUUCCCCCCCACAGCGGCACGCGCUGCGACUGCAACUUCUCACAGACCAGGAGGCCUGUCCGGGUCGCAAUGAAGCUUCUUCAGCGCCGGCGUCCGAGCCGUGCACUGCAGCGUCUUCAAGUUCAGACUUUUCAUCUGUCGCUUCCCGGCAGCUUGUUCGCGACGCGGGAGUAGGCACCACAGUCGUCAGCCCUCACUUGCGACGGUGCCUGACUGAGUACGACGAGUACAUCGACUUCCUGCCGGAGAGUGUCACGGACGUCGCCUCUCUCUCCCGAAGCCCCGACGGCGCGGGUCAAGAAGAGAAGGAGGACCGCACGCUGCCGGGAACGAAACUCGUCGACCGAGAGGGCCUUUCGCGGGGGAACCCCAAACCGUUUCCGUUUUCGUCCGCUGUCGUUCACAGGCGGGGCGCAGCAAGACCAGGAUCUGGUGCCCUACGCUCGCCCCUUUUUUCGUCUUUCUUGGGAGAGGGCAAGGGAAGUCCAAGCAGGGGAGACCCUGGCGUAGAUGCCGGAGGCAGGGGACAGCCCGAGAUCAAGCAGCGCCUGUCACUCAUGGCGAAGCACGACGACAGAAUGGGGGUGGACGUGAACGAGGUGCUGCCUUGUGAGGUCGAGUGUGGAGCCGGUAGGCCACGCGUUUUGUCGGCCGAUGCGUUUCCGCCCUCUCACCGUCUCUCGCGCUCGACGUCGGUUGAUUCUUCUCUCUCUUUCAGCCGCAGGCGGAGAGCAGAGCUCUGGCGAGCCGCCGAUCCCCUCUGCGGGCUUUCUCCCUCCUUUCCCUUCCACGAGUCGCCCCUCUUCUCGCGAAUUCCUUCAAUGAGCCUCACAACUGGGGCUGGCGCCGAGCUGAAACCGGAGGCGAGGCUACCGGGAAAGCAGGAACGGCAGAGAGAGGAAGAACAGAGAUUGCAAGAGGAGAAAGACAGCGGAGAGAGCACAGAGGAAGACGGUUUUUCUGGGUUCGACGGGGACCGCGAGACGGGUGGGAAAACGCUUCUUCAACCUGACUUCCACACGCGGCUCCAAGCUGCGCUGCGCGAACAGGAAGAAGGACGCACGCCAGGGCUCCGCCUUCUUCGACAGCAGGAAAUGAGAGAACAGGGUGGCAACGAUCCUGAUCCCGCGGCCCUUUCCCACGCGAGAGGGCGCGACGAGGAGGGGAGAAUGGCCAGUUCGGGCCGGCUCAAUGGCGGGAGAAGAAGAGGCAGAAACAGAGGCGCCGGAGCGUCUCGUCCCCCGCAUACGCCGCCUUCCGGGUGUGCCGACGCCGACGGAAGGGACAGUUUGAACGAGGGAGCGGCAAAGUCGAGCGAUGGAGAAGAGAGACUAGCUGGCGAUGUGGAGAUGGAGACUGUCGGGGACCACCAGUCAGAUUGGACAAUGAAGCCAGAGACUGGAGAAGACGCGGCCGCGCUAGUCGCGCCUGCAGGAUUCAGGGAAGGCGGAGAAGCUGGCGAACGGUAUGAGAAGACUGCAACGACAUCGGAAGCGCAACAGCUUCCAGAGGACGCUGUCAUUCGUAUGCUCUCGCUCUCCGUUGAGCUCGACAUUAUGGGACUCUCUUCGGGCGCCGUCAGCAGUGCCGAGGAUGUGACGAGAGUCGCCCGCUGGAGAGAAGCAAAGAGAGACGCGUCAGACUUGGCCAACGCCGGCACAAAUGUGGGAAACGGUGCAGUUGCACUGUCUCAUGUGGCCGCAGAGAAGGAUCAAGACACGUUCAUUCCACGCGACGACAAAGAACAGGAUGACGCACGGGCUGGAGAGAACGAAGACCCGCAUGGCGCCGUCGCUGAGGAUUACGGCGCCGACGCGCCUCUGACAACGGCGGCGGCCAGGCGCCCAGGCGGGGCGACCGCCAGUGAUCGGCCAGUGGAAGACGAAUCGGUGGUGAAAACUGACUGUGGCACUGGGGGCCCGAUAGCUCGAGAGAGUUCAGCUGUCCUGCGGCUCGAUGAUGUGUCCUUGCCUCUGUAUCCGGUGGGGCAAACGAUGGACUGUUCCCCCUCUACGCCUACGUCGUCGCCGCUCUGCUGCUCGCGGUUUGCCCGUCAGCUUGUCUUUAGCGCCUCACGGUCUCCACGCGCUCGCCCCUUUUUCUUCGGCUCCCACGGCGCGUCUGGGUCCUCAUGUCUCUCUUCGGGCUUCAUCCCCGGCUUCCUCACCGUCCCUAGAGCACUGCCGAAUGCAAAGAAUGAGAAAGAAGUAGGAGGGGAGAGUCUCACAGUGUGUGCGUUUGAAGAUCGAAAGGAGGGUGGAAGUGGGGAAACGACGCAGGAUCGCGUCUUCGACAUUGAUGCCUCAGCUGACGGCCUAGUCGGCGCCCCUGGCAACGCCACGGGGAAGGGGAAGAAGAGUGAAGGCGAGGAGCGCGAAGAGCGAUGUGGGACUGCGCCUCUCUUCCAGAAGAAAAUGUUUCCUUUCUGCCACGAAGGAGAACUCCUCCUCGCCUCGCCUCUGGCCCCGCCUCAUCCGGACAUCCUCACGCCGAGGAGCGCAGGAAAUGCGUGCGGGGCACCACUGCUUUUUGGGUCUGCACCCGGCGGCGCCUCUCCAUCGCGACGCGACUCGUCGAUUACGGCUGUUUCUCCAGGAACCCUGUGCUCGGGUCCCGGAGUGGGAGGAGCCAAGUGGGCUGCUUCUUGCCGCUGUUUUCUCCCUGAAGAUUCGCUGUCUCUCUUCCUCGAAAUCCGCUCGACCCUCUUGAAUCUCCUGGAAGAGCUGCACGACGCCUGCUGCUGCUGUCACUCUGCGUCCAGUAAAGGCCCGAGCCUUCGUUCCAGUCCGUGUUGCGCGUACCAUUUCCCGUCGUCCUUCCCUGGCUCGGCCUCUCCCUCAUGUUCAGCAACGACGCCCUCGCCUCUGUCGCCGUCUUCUGCGUCGCCCCCAGGCUCCGUUUGCCACGCGUUUUCGCCCAGUGCGAUGGACGACGCUGCUGUACAGCCGGCGGAGACCAGGCUAGAGGGCCAGAAGUCGAUUUGCGACGUCGGUGCAGGCGCGGCUUUGCGUUCGCCUUCGCCGUCAGCGUCGCCAGGUUUGAAAACCCUGCGGCCACCUGGGCUGGAGCCUUUGUGCCCGGACGCUCUUGCCGCGGAGGUGUCUCCGUCGUCGAGCGAAACGGUCGCGUCGCCAGUGGGCACCGGCGAGUUUUUCCGUGAAGCCGAUUCGCGAGGAGACACGACGCCGUCCGGUUUCUGUGGCGGGGACAGUUCCACUGAGGAGAAGGCUGUGAAUUUCAAAAGGGGUGAACUCAAAGAGGAGGUUGGCGCUGGCGUGGAAGGGGCUUCCGAGCCUCGCGAGGGAGAGGAGAAGGAGAAGAAGCCGCUGGGAGCUCGCGUGUCGAUUGGCGGCAGCGUCUCUGCGUUUAUCGAGGACGGGAAACUCUGCCCGGACAUCCGCGACGACUGUGUGGACACUCAGAAGAAGGCCGCGCUCCGUGCGAAAGCCACAACCACUGUUAGUACGACGGUCUCCGCGAUUACACCUGCGUGCACGCCUACGGCGUCGAGUCGAUUCGGAGAGAGCCCUUGCGGUGUCGGCAUGGCGAACAUCGGGGAACCGCGAUCCGACUCGCUGACGGGGGCCGACGUCGAGGUGAAGCGUCUUUCAGGGGUCUUGCCGAGCCCCAAGGUGGAUGAGACUGAGCAGGCAGCGAAACCGGAUUUGAUUGGGAUGGGAGACGGGUUUGCCAAGGCGGACGACGGCGUCGGAGCUCAGGAAAAAGCGAGUGAACUCGAAGGUGGAGACCGCGACAGGCUGAGCCGGGUCGCCGCUGGGCUCUUGACCGGUCAGAAAACACGAGAGGGCUUCGAAGAGGAAGAGCGCGCAUCCGUGUCGUCCGGCGCCACGCGAUGCCCAGGCGCGGGAGAAAAGGCCGCUGGGCUCGGCGGUCGGUGCAGCGUCGACACGCCUGCCGCCUCGCCUUCGUCCUCUGUGUCCGUGGCUUCCCCCGGCGCCUUCUCGUUCUCGCCGUUCACCCCCUCAGGCACGGGGGCUGAGUCUCCUGAGGAGAAAAGUUCUCUGUCGACCUCGUCAUCGCCAACUCCGCUCGCGUCCAGUGGAUAUCAUCCGGCAUCAGUGCAUCGGAUGCCGGGAGUUGUGUCGCCGUUUGCCGCGUACUCGUCAUCCCACGCCGUCUCGGCACCGUCGGUGCCUCACGGGGGGGUCCUCCCGCGGUGUGGACCCGAGCUGCAUGCGCUCUUUUUCGAGCAUGUAGACUGUCUCCGGUCCUCGAGAUGUUUCGUGGAGCAGCUGGCCUACGCGCACAUUUUCCGGAUAUGCCUCCAGCCACUCGGAGGUGGUCGGCCUUCCUCUCUGUCUCCGUUGCAGCAGCAGUUCCUCGUCCGCGAACUGUUUCUACUUCGACAGGAGCCGAACAGGCUUUUGGUUCGAAACGCCUUCAUGUGGACCGGCCAGCCGGGAUGCAGGCACAUUUUGGAUCAGCUGUCUGGUUCGGCGCUUCCACUAAACGCAGGGAUGGUCGGAUCCAAACACGCCUUCUCGGGGGAGAGCAAAUUCGGGGCCGCCGGAUUUUGCCACCCACAUGGCGUGGGAAGCACGGAUGUGUCUUCGCCGGGUCUCCGCGGCGGAUAUUUCGGACUUGACAAAUCGUGCGGCAACUCGGAGUUUCCUGGCCACCAUGGCUGCGAUGAUCUGCGGAGAAACGGAACUCACCCGGGACAGAGUCGAAUCUCAACUCGCGGCCAAACUGCUCUCGCCGCGGCGACUGCGAAUAGCGGGGACCAGGCCCCGUCCGAGUGUCUCCGAGGCCCCGAUGACGGAACAGGCAAAGACGUCCCUGGUGACCGAAGGGGACGAGCGCUUCGAGAUCACGACGACUCAGAAGAACGGGAGGAAGGAGUGAAGACAGGCCAGAAGGGUGACGGAUCAGGUUCGAAUGACACCAAUCCGCCCUUCGCCGUUUCACCGGCAAAAGCUCUUCUUGAUCCCUCGAUCUUCCUCUGUACCGCCGACAUGGAGGUCGGAGCCCAGAAGAGUGCACUGGUUGCGUCUCUCAGGGCGCUUCGGUCGUUGGCGCCGUCCUGGGCGUCCCAGUCAGAAGGCGGCUUCGCGUUUCACCUCCAGCAGCUCCUCCAGACUCGCUCACUUCAUUCGCAGACGCUCCAGAACUACCGCGUGAUCCUCCAAGAGCUCUUCUCCGUUCCGCCCCGUCUGUGGGGAAAGGAGCGUCUGUUGGAUGCGCUCCAUGACCUCGACUGUUUAUACAGUGUGUCAAAGCGCCGCGCAGAGGAGCGGCAAAAAGCCCGUGAAGCUGAGGAGUUGCGCGCGUCCUUGGCGAAGGGAAACACCGGUUCCAGCAACAAAGACAUGCACCGCGGAGACGUCGAGAACAUUGAGCCUUCGCGAUUUUCCUCAGGGACCAGCGAAGGUCAGGAACACCGUGCGGCGUCUCUCCGACUGCUGCAGCAUGAGGCAAGACUCGGGCAGACGAGCGAGGGCGGAGGCGGCGCUCGCUGCGGGUUGGCUGAAGACGAAAGGCUUUCGAAGGUCUUUGAGUCUGCAUCGUAUGCCCCAGAGGACCGUCUAGAUUCUCGACUGCAGGAGAAACCCGAGUUCCUCACUGAGGCGGACGACGUCCCUACGGUUAGUUCUUUUUUCAAAGGCGCUAGGCGGCAUGACGACUCGGAUUCCCGCGACCCCUUGGCACGUCACCGGCUCCUUUCGAGUGAGAAGGACGAGCUUCCGCAGUUCAGCGCAGAUGCAGUCAACCCUCGCCAAGGGCGGGGUGUAGGUUCACCGGGGGGGAAGCCGUCCUCGCUGGAUAACGCUGACCCUUCAGGAUCCAACAGACGAGAUUCGACCGACUUGGAGGGAGUCGGCGCGAAAGGCUGGGCGUCGAUUGCAGGCGAGCCAGAGACGCUGGCACUGCAGCAGCGCCUGGAGGAACAGCUUCAGAGACAGGGGCUGAGUGCACAGAAUGUUGGUGCGGCGCUAGCUCAAAUCCUUCGGUCGGGAGGAACGGAGGCGGCGUUGAAGGCUCUCCAGCGACUUCUGUCUCCGUCGCGGUCGUCACAGGCGGCGCAACCUGGUGUGGGUGGCCGGGACCGAUCCGGCGUCGCGGAGAGGAGCCAGAAACUUCUUCUUCGCCAGCUGAUUCAAAGCGCUGUGUCGUCUGGGGCACCGUCCCCCCUGGCCUCUCCUACUUGGGAAGCAAACAGUGUCCCUACCACAUACGCCAAUAAACUUCGGGGAGUCGGCAGCCAGCGGGGUGGACGAGAGGGCGAUGAGCAAGAACCGAGUCCGCUUCUGGGGCCUUCCAGGCUACGUGGGCUCGAGAGAGCAAGCGCGUCUCCAGGGCGCUCGACCACUGGAAUGCUUACAGACGAGGAACGCGUAGGGACAGAAACAACCGAGCGAGGUAACGUUUCGCGCCGAGGGAAAGCUCCGUACUCGGAGCCUUCCGCCAAACGUAUCAAGACAGAGGGAACUCACCUCCGGCGCCAUGACGGCUCCCUGUCUGCGGUCGGGGACGACCUCCACUCGCUUUCUUCGCUGUCAGCCACCUCCCUGUCCAAGUGCUCGUCUCCGCUGCUCAAAGAGCUCUCUGCCCUUCCCUCCCAAAACGACUCGGCUCUCGGUGCCCCGCGCGCGCCCCACCGCGCUUCUCUCUUGUCGCGUCAGCCUCAGUUCUCGUCGUCCCGUCCGGGUGCAGGGGCCGCGGAGUCGGCGCCUCACCACCUUCGCAGCUCGACCCCUCCCACAGGCGUCGCGGGUCAGCAGAGACUGGCGUCGGGUCAGUUUUCGUCUCGCCGACACGAGGCGAGGGAGUUGGCCGGCGAAGGACGAGGAAAGACACACGCCAGCUGGUCCGCUGGAGGUAGCGGGAGAGAGAGCGGCGUGGGAAGUCGAGGCGGAUCCGGACCUGGUCGAGAGUCAGCAGCGGGCGGUCAGAAGGAGGAGCAGGCCGAGAGACUGGAGUACGCCAGACGCGCCUCACAACUCGAGAAGGUGAAGGGAGUCUUCAUCGGCAAGAAAAACACGUGCUGGGUUGCCCAGUGGACCGACAGCUCCGGUCGUUCCCGUCAGACGUGUUACAAUAUUAAGACGCUCGGCUUCGAAGUAGCCCGUCAAAAAGCGAUCGAAGAGAGGCAGAGACAGAUGGGAUCAGCACCGGUAAUCGUGUCCGGCGGUGGCAGACAGCAGAGCUCGGCGGCGGCGGAUCUGCGUCGGCAAAGCGGCCCCUCAGCCGCAGCACCUGCAGGUAGCGGUGUCGGUGGAGUAAGUCCGGGAACGGGCGACGUGAACGCCCCAGGCUUCACGGGAACGCAUGUGGCGAGCACCCCGCGAGACUCGGAGGAACUCAUCUCCUUGAGGACCGCGGGCGUCGCUGGAAGGGAGGACCAGAAACAAGGCGGAGCAGGAAGGAGACAAAAUCUGAGUGCGUCUCACAGCACCAGCCCGUCCAUCUUCCCGGCAGAUUCUGGUCCGCCGGCUCUCCAUAACGCUGGAGGCUCUGCUGGAAGUGUCAACGGGACUCCGGCGAUGUCCAAUGAGGCGCUGCUUUCUGCUGUCGUCCGUGCGACAGCAAAUGCGCUGAACGGGGUUGGAGGCGUCAGCUCGAGCGCGGAAGGGGGUUCAAUUCGCUCCUCGCUCUCCCCGACCACUCUGGCGGCAGACAUUCUGGCUCAGUUAGAGAGUGCGUCUCGAGGUCUACCUUCCUCACCAUCGGAUCGACGGAAAGGUAGCGUUGACCUGCUCCUACGAUCUCUUUCAGCGUCUCCGUCCGUGGGACCGUCCAGUGCAGCUCCUUUCCUCGCGUCUGCUGCGUCGCCCCCCUCCCCAGAAGUGGCUGCUUCAAGCGCGGCUACUGCGGGGCUGAUGACUGGGAGCGAGAACGGUCGGCUACCCCUUUCGUCUUCCCAGGGUCUUGAAUCUCCAUAUUCUCCAGCGUCUUCAGGCGAGGAACCAGGACGAGGAAUGGCCCCACCUGUAGAGCGACGCGGGCCUUCUGGAUUUGCUCACGCGUCGCCUUCUGCUGGGGGUCCGCACGGUGCUGCAUCUCCCUCCGUAGAAGCGGGUCAUGAUCCGUCGUCAUCCUCUCUAACAAAUGAUGCGAUAAGAGAGAAUGAACAAGAAAUGAUGCGGGUGUCGCCUGGUGAGAUCUGUGGUGAGGCCGCCGGUUCAACAGCUACGGGUCUGCAUGCCAACCGAAACGUAGGAGCUGCGGGCAUGACGAGCUCUUCCUCUUCUUGUUCUGGAUCAUCGCCUCUCGUGGCAUCUCCAUCUCCAAAGAGCGGACCUGCUACCAGUUCAAACGUCCCGUCGUUGGCGUCGCUUUCAGCCGCCUUGGCCCAAGCCUUCCCGAAUCUUGCCUCUGCUCUCUCUUCGCCGAACGCGGGCAAGAUCCUGAGAGGAGACUCUUUGCCGUCUUCGGUGUCGCCGGAGCAGUUGCAACUUUUCCAGCAGCUAGCCGAACAGCUUCUCCCGUCGCAGCAACGCCUUCAGUCCCGAACCUCGCACGGUUUGGCGUCACCUGCCGGGGGUGCGUCCUCGCUUUCGCUCCUGAAUUCUCAUGUGGACGUGAGUGGUCUGUCUCGGUCUUCACCGAUCUUGGGGAGUGUGGAAGAGGCCGACGCUCUCUCGGGUGCCGGGGAUUUAGGAACAGCCGUCGCCCAUGCGGCGCGGAGUGGGGAAGCAGGUGGGCAUUCAGGGAUUCGACCGAACGCAUCCACGCAUGCGUUCACGUUACCCUUGUCCCAGAUGUCCACUGCCAACCUGUCCUCCCUCAACUCCUUCACGUCCGAUCCUCCCCUGUCUCGAGCGUCAUCGGGUUGCUCGUCGACGUCUGUAGCGAGUGCACUCACCUCCAUGUCCCUGCAUGCAACAAACCCCCGACUGUCGCCGUCAUCGUCUCCCUUCCCAGCUUCGUCUUCUGAAAGCGUUUCGCCCCUGCUCCUGGAGUCAACUUCAGCUUCGAGGCGAGAAGGCGGAGCAGCGCAACCCCAUCCGCUGUCUCCUCCAACGAAGCUGCCGUUCUUGCUUGGCGGCCAGGCACAGGGCGCAACCGGGCAAAUCGUCGAUGUGUUCGGGCGCCAACCGACUGGCACCGCCCCCCGAGCAGCCGAGGACCCUUACGCCGUCUUUUCAGGCUCCAGUGGCGCUCGAGGCCGGAGACACCGGAUGGCCUACACCCACAAACAGGGACGCCGCACCUACGCCUCUCAAGCCCGCGACUUCCCCCGGGUUGAAGGCAUCAAAUACAAUGUGAAGUGUGCAUGCUGGGAGGUGAGCUGCGGCGCAGGCUUCAAGGUGUUCAGUACGCGUCGUCUUGGGGGCCUGCAGGAGGCGUAUGACCUGGCCGUCAAGUGGAAGCAGGAGGUGGAGGGUGGAUCAGGAGGAGUGGGUUGUCGGCGGCUCGUCAGUGAUAGGCGGUUGGCAAGGAACGCGGGAACAGAUUCUCAGAGUAUGAUGAUGUACCUCGGAAACGAAGGAGCCGGGGCUCCUCGGGUCUCAGCAGGUGACGAAGACGGAGAGGCAUACGAAGAGGGUGAUCAUGAUGAUACCUUCCUCUAUCCGGGAGAGAGUGAAGCGGGAAACAGUGUCAAACGUGGAUCACGUUCGGGAAGCUCCAAAGAAGAAGAGGAAGAAGACAGGCUCCGGCUGCUACAGCACACUGAAUGGGGAGCAAACGAUAGAGGGGAGAAGACCGCAGUGGACAGCAACCUAAAAUCGCUUGCAUACGACAUGUGGAUGCGGUCCGCGGGAUCGUCAUCGUGUGAGGACGGUGCGCCCGCCCCGGCACUGAAUCUGGGUGAGGCAGCGGCGACGCAGAGACCGCAAGGAGAGGUAGACAUGCUUACGUCACUUCUCGAGCAGCUAACCAAAAGCAAUGGUACCACCGGAAACGGCUCCGCUUCGUCUCUUCAGGAAGAGACCCAAGCUGUGCCUGACGAUAUAUGCGGUGCACUGGCAUUGCUAGCGGGUGCUGUCAACGGCCAGAGUACCGAGCUUGGGAAACCAGGGGCCAUUGGAGACGUUUUGGCAGGGGAUAUCCCGGCUCAGGAUUUAAGGCGGCUAUUACGAUCGGAGCGUGAUGAAAAUGCGAGGGGACCUGCGGUUAAUCGGGAUGUGAUGCUACGAGGAGUGAAGGAUAGGGGAAAGGCGCAUGAAAGUGUGGAUGAUCCGAGUCCGGGCGAACUGAGAGGAAGCGAAGGAGGGCCAGACUCGGCACAACAGCUGGAAGAACACAAGAAGCGAAGCCGGGAAUACGACGGCCAAAACGAUCCAGAAAACAGGUUGAUCAACUCAGGCUUCGCGGGAACUGCAUCGAGCAAGAAGGCCAGAAUGGACUGA